AUGGGCUCCAAAAUCGCUGAGCUCCUCCAAGGCUCCUCAAGCCUGGAUGGCAUGGAAGCUGAGAAGUCCGCCAAGGCGAGUACAGGGCCCGGCUCGGACAGCGGCAGUGAAAGCUCCGGUUCCGAGCCCUUAGACGUCUUGGGCAUGGAGGAGGAGGGAGAGGGCGAGGACGAGGACGAAGAGGGCGAGGAGGGCGGCCUCGGCGAGAUGAAGGACUAUUUUUCAGAGCUCGAUGAGCAGCUGGAGGGCAUGUUGGACGCUGGCGAUCCCAACGCUGAGGCCGGCGAUCCCCGAGAGAAGUCGGGGCUGCCAUUGAGUUCUCGGCAUGUGAAGGCACCCACUCCUAGAUCUACGCGCAGGGAUCCACAGCGAUCCAGGGCGGCCCGCAGCCAUGGACUCCAUGGACGCUCAGAGCCCAUCCGCAGACCCUGUCUGCAGGGUGCUCCAAGGGUUUCAGAAGGGGCUACAGCAUGCCACUUGCCAUUUCUGCCAAAGGCAGAGAUCAAGGUGCUGGGGCGCGUCCGGCAUCCGAAUAUUGUUACACUCAUUGGAUUUGCCUUUCCGGGUUCCUUGGUCUACGAGCUGGCCAGCGCAGAUUUGAGAGCCCGGCUGUACUUGGACUCAGAGCUCCACUGGCAGGCCCGCUUGCAGAUUGCCCACGACAUCAGCAAAGGCCUUGCAUUCCUGCAAGGGUGUCGCCCCAAGGUUUUCCACCGCGACAUCAAGCUCGACAAUGUUCUGCUCGAUUUCCGAGGUGGUCGGGUGGGCACCAAUGCCCAAGAUUUAGGGCGACAAGCGUUAUGCUCUGGCAUCAUCUUCUUUGAGCUGUUGACCCGUGGAGAGACUGCCCACGGGCCACCGCAAACCUUUGUGGUCGCAAAAGCACAAGUAGAACAUCAAUGGCCGGAGCACUUGGCAGACUCGCUCAUUAAGUUGGCCCUGGACUGUACUGGAGACAGCCUGCGGCCCAGCUUUGCCGGCUUUGCGGCCAAGAUUCAGAACUGCACGGAAGCAGCAGGCACACUUGUGAUGCCUUCGUCGACCAAUGGCGGCACACAAGUUGCAACAACCAUCCUAGAGGCACAGCCCAAAGCACGAAUGACCAAGGAAGAAAGCAUGAAUGUGCUUUUGAGGAGGGUUGGAGUGCCGCGGCAGAGAUCUGAUAUUUGAUCUGAUCAGGUGGCUUCGGCCUGAUCCACAGCCAUGGUUGGCAGGCCCUGCAGUGAUUCAGCUCACGUGCACG